CCACUUCUGCUGCUUCUUCUUCUUCUGCUGCUCCCCCUUCUCAAUCUGGACUCGCCGCCCCCACCUGUGUCCGCCGCAAUGCUGCCCUCCUCCAGAUCAAGAUCUGGGCCCAAUGAGUCGCCCGUCGGCAGCAGGACCCGGCCGAGCACGCCGUCCUCGGGCCACCGCCCCUCCACGCCCUCCUCCGGCUACCGCCCCUCCACGCCCGGUGGUACCAGGCGGAGCACCGCCGCUGGCACCGGCGGUGCCGGCGGCACGCCAUCCACGCCGCGCUCGCGCAAUGGGGGCGGGCCAUUCAGGUCCGAGCCCAACUCGCCGCCGUCGGCGGCCGCGGCACGCCCGCGCCUCUCCUUCGACCGCUCCCCGAGAUCCGCCGACAACAAGCCCGUCGUCGAGCGCCGGGUGCCCAAGAUCGGCACCCCUCCUCCCGAUCAGAAGCAGCUGCGGCGGGAGGCGGAGCUGCAGGGCCGGCUGGAGUCGGCGCACGACGACCUCAAGAAGGCCAAGGACCAGCUGGCCUUCGUGGUCGGCGAGAAGGACCGCCUCCUCGGCGAGCUCGGCGAGGCCAGGCGGGUGGCCGACGAGGUGCACGAGAAGCUGCAGGACGCGCUCAUGGCCAAGCGCUGGGCCGAGGAGGCCACCGAGAUCGAGAAGUUCCGCGCCGACGAGCUCGAGCAGGCUGGCAUCGACGAGGCGCAGAGGCGCGACGACGAGUGGCAGAGGGAGGUCGAGUGCGUGCGCGGCCAGCACGCCGCAGACCUCGAGACGCUCGUCACCACCACCGAGGAGCUCGAGAGGUUCAGGCGCGAGCUCGCGGUCGCCAACGAGUCCAAGAAGGCCGCGCUUGGCCAUGCUGACGAUGCCAUGAAGAUCGCCGAGGUCAAUGCUGAGAAGGUCGAGAUCCUCUCUAGCGAGGUCAUGCGCUUGAAAGGAUUGCUUGAUUCGAGCACCGCCACCGAGGAUAGUAAGAUCCGUGAAGCUGAGGCAUUUAUCAAGAAUUUAGAAUCCGAAAUCUCAGUUCUGAAAGGAAAACUAGAGGAAGCCAAAGUCCUUGAAGAGAAAUUAGCAGAGAUGGAGAAACAGACCGAGGAGCUCAAGUCACAGCUGGCUGAUGCAAAGAAAGCCGAGUCAGAAUUGCGUCAGCAGUUUGAAGAAUGGAAGCUCAAGGCUGGAUCACUGGAAAUGGAACUGGAGGAACUUACUCUCUCGGAGAAGGCCAAAAGUGAAACCCUUAUCUCCACGGCACAAGAGUUGGACACGACCCAGUCUAUUUUACAGGACAGGGAAUCUGAAAUCGAAGUGCUCAAAGGAAAGACAACGGCACUGGAAAUCGAGGUGGCAAGGCUUUCAGCAGACAUCAACGAAUCCAGUGAGCACUUGGAUGCUUCUCAGCAGGAGUUGUUUGGGCUGCAGACAACGAUAGAUGUUCUCAAGAACAAGCUUGAGGCUGCUGAAGAAGUGGCCUCCGAGGCUUUGAACAGUGAGAAGACUGCUAAUGCAAAUAUUGAGAUCCUGACCGAGGAGAAAAUCAGGCUAAUUAACGAGUUGGAUGAUGCUAGGGACAGAGAGGAGAAAGAGAGAAGGGCGGUGGAGGAUCUCACUGCUGCAUUGAGUGAGGCGUCUGGCAAAGCAAAGGAAGCACAUGAGAGAUUGCAGAACAAGGAAGAUGAUUACGAGCAUGCCCUCGCACAGAUUGGUGAUCUGAAACUGUCCUUAAAUAGCACCAAAGAGAAUUAUGAGGUAAUGCUUGACGAGGCAAACUAUGACAUCACGUGUUUACAGAAAACCGUGGGAACAUUGGAGGCUGAGGUGAUCAAGUACAGAGAAGAAUGCGAAGCUAAGGAGCUUGACAUUGUCAACUCAAGCAAGCAGUCGGGGGAAGAAAUUGCCACUCUUAAAGCAGAAGCCGACAAGGUAGUAGCAUCACUGCGAGAUGCAGAACACGAACUCGAAACCGUCAAUGAGGAGAAGGAGAGGCUUCAAGAGAAGCUAAUGCACACAGAAUCAGCAGUUACAGAAGCUAACAUGGUUGUGCAGGAAGUAAAGGCUGAGAAAGAGGGUCUUCUAGAGCAGCUGAUGCAGACGGAAUCAGCGGUUGCCGAAGCUAACACGGCCGUACAGGAGGUAAAGGCUGAGAAAGAGGAUCUUGAAGAGCAGCUAAUGCACACAGAAUCAGCUGUUGCUGAAGCUAACAAGGCCGUACAGGAGGUAAAGGCUGAGAAAGAGGGUCUUCAAGAGAAGCUAAUACACACGGAAUCAGCGGUUGCUGAAGCUAACAAGUUAGUACAGGAAGUAAAGGCUGAGAAAGAGGAUCUUCAAGAGCAGCUAACGCACACGGAAUCAGCGGUUGCUGAAGCUAACAAGAUUGUGCAGGAGGUAAAGGCUGAGAAAGAGGGUCUUCAAGAGCAGCUAAUGCACAUGGAAUCAGCGGUAGCUGAAGCUAACAAGGCUGUGCAGGCGGCUACGUCUGAGAGUUUACAACUGAAGGACAGGUUACUUGAUAAAGAGAACGCAUUGCAGAGCUUAACCCAGGAGAAUGACGAAUUCAGGCUGCGAGAAGCUGAGGCCAUGAAGAAGAUAGAUGAAUUGUCUGCUCUGCUCGCUGAAGCCAUGGUAAAGAAGCAUCCUGAGGAGGAAGAGAAGCUAGUAGUCGUCGAUGAGGUACACAGUUCAGCACGCGAAGUAGUUGCUGAUUCAGGUGCAGAAACUGAAGACACAGAAGGAGAGAGCGAUAAAAAGCCGAACACGGAACUCCUCUUUGCCAACGGGAACUCCAAUAUGGACAUGAAUCAAGAGGAAGAGAAAGAAGACAGUAAGGUUGCACAGAAGGAGGUAAAAACGGAAGAAACCACUGUACAGGAGAGCAACAAAGUCGUCGAGAACCAGCCAUGGACAGACAGGAAGCAGGAAACCGAAUCUUCCAAAGACGACCAGUCCUCCAAGGAUGAUAGCAGCACAGAUCACGUAAACGGGACGGCGUCGGCAGAAGUUACCAGCAAAGUCGCAAUGUCUCCGGUAACGAAACAGAAGAAGAACAAGCCUCUGCUGAAGAAGUUUGGCAGCCUACUGAAGAAGAAAAGCAGCAAGUAGUAGCACUAGCAGGUGAACAGAAAACACAUGUACUGUUAUUGGUGUUUACUCUGAUUUUCUUUUUUGUUUGACAGCAAGUAGUGUGCUUAAUUUCCACGCGCGACUUUUUUCUUUUGUCAAUAACUGUAUCUUGUUCUGGUGAUUGCAUUAGUUUGUGGCUGUGUCUGUUUUUUUCCCUUUUCUUUUGAAGUUGGACCUCCUGUUCUUUGCCCUAUGGGUGUGGCUAUUAUUAUCUACACGAUUUGUGGCCGUUUGUUUGUAACUGGAUGGAGUUCCUCCUAAUCACAAUGUUACCAGUCAUUUCUGAAAACUGUGUAGCUCCUUAUGACAAUCUGAUCACAUGUAUCAUCUAUUGUAAUGUAAUCUUACCUAAUUUAA